AUGUUCAGUAUGCUUAGCAUCUUUGCUGCGAUUGUUUCGCAAUCGACCGGGGCGAUAUCACCUAAACAUAGCUACGUAGCGACGCAUCUUUUUAUGGGCAUCGCUCAGUGCUUCAGUUACACUUGCAUGCUUCUUGCUGAUCAGAGCUUGAGUUCUGAAUAUGACUUGUGCGAGAGUUGGUGGGUGUCCAUGGGAGGUUGUACGCUACUAUCAUACAAUGCAUACCUAUAUUUAUUGGACAGCUUCAGUGGUUACAGUGUUGCUAGCGCCAAAAUGAACAGAGAUUCGCAUAGGCCAGCGCAACGAGGAUUUCAACUUCUCAUCUACAGGAAAAUCAUAUUAACUGAGGCUUCAAAAGGUAUCCUGAAAGAAUGCACGACUGUUUUGAUACCUGUGAGCAUCUGGGUCCGAAUCUUCCCGAAGGACACUUGGCUUCACACCCGGGUCCGUGUGUCCCAGGUGGACAAGGACACUCACCAGUCUGUGGAUGACAAGUCACGUCACCGAUGUCGCCAGGACGACGCCACAUGGUUGCUACCACCGAACUGGUCCUCACUCCGAUGCGAAGUUCUUGUCGGCUUCCGGGUUGAGACCAGUCGACUUUUGGUCGUAUUUUGUGCCCGUGAAAAAUACCUACAUUUACAAACUCUCAAGAAGUUAUGCUGUACGCUUCUGCCACACUGUUGCACAGGUGGACAACCUGAAGGAACUAACUACCCAUCCACGGGAACACGAUUUAGUCAUCGGCUAAAGUCAUCCAAUGCAAGUGCCCCUCGUGGAAACAAAACCCCAGAGUCAAUAAAGAGGCAUUUGUUCUCAAGAUUCCCGCCUUAUCCCAUAGAAACUUACGUACCAAAGGAAACAAGUUAUGCUGUUCGAUCAGGUCUGCUAAUAGUCAGUUGA